UGAUACAUUCGCGUCUGGGCGGGGUGGGCGGAUGGUCUUAGCGGCGGCGGCUGUGGCUGCGGCUGCUGAAAGGAGCGGAGGGCCCGGGGGCGCCUGACGGUCGCGGAGACCUCACAAACCCGGGGCGGGGGGUGCGGCCAUUUUACGGCCCGGGACUGAGGGAGGCGUGUUUGUGUGCUCGCCCUCAGACUCUCUUCCUGCGGGCCCGCCGCUAGGGGAAGUUUCUCGGGCGGCCUGGGCGGGCGGUGGAUGGGGAGUCGCGGGCCGAGAGGCACCGGGCCCGGGAAGCGCCGUCGCCGUCGUCGCCGCUCGCGUUUGCCCGGCGGAGCCUGAGGAGCCCAGGCCGCGGGUCUCGCCGCCCGCCCGCGGAUAGGCCCGGGAGCCGGCCUGCUUUUGUGUAGGCCCGUCCGGACGGGGGAGCGCCGCCCGCCUGACGGCCGAGUCUUAGGCCCGCAACCCUGCGGCGGCUAACCUCCUGCGGCGCGGCCCCUCAUCCCGGCGAACGCGGCGGCGGUGUGGGCCAUGGAUUAGGGAGGCGGCGGCGUGGGAGGAGGAAGAUGGCGGCUGGCAAGAGCGACGGCAGCGCCGGGGAGAUUACUUUUCUAGAAGCGUUGGCUAGAUCAGAAUCUAAAAGAGAUAGAGGUUUUAAAAGAAAUUGGAGCUUUGAUCAUGGAGAAGAAAGUGAAGGAGAUACAGAUAAAGAUGAGGCAAAUCUGCUCAGUGUAGAUGAAGAUGAGGAUUCUGAAACCUCAAAAGGAAAAAAGUUAAAUCGUCAAUCUGAAAUUGUUGCUACUAGUUCUGGUGAUCCCUGGAAGACAUGUACAAAACGAAACAGGACUGAAAGCUUAAAACCUUUGAAAGGCAACCCACUUGGACUUAACAUGUUGAGCAGCACUAAGAAAUUGAGUGCAAAUACACAGAAUGCAUCAUUAUGUUCUGGAACUGUAAGACGUUUUCCUCAUACUAAUGCACAGAUAGCAAUAGUAAAAACAGCAGCCCAAAGCAGUCUGGACCAAAAGGAAAGGAAAGAAUAUCCACCUCAUGUCCAAAAAUUUGAAAGUAAUCCUGUAAGGUUAAGUCGGCCCCAAGGUGUUGAUCGUAUAAUGAAAAAAACAGAAGAGUCUGAAUCACACCUGGAUUCUGAAAUUAAAAGGAAAGUUGCACAGAAACGUCACAGUAGUACAUGUCAGUCUACCCCACAUUCUCUGUCUCCUGCUUCCAAAAAAUGUUUAACUGAUUUAGAGGUUUCUAAACAGUGUGGAUAUUGUCCAAAAUGUGGAAAAGAAAAAGAAAACCAGACCAAAUGCCAAAGUUGUGGUAUUCCUUUUCCUAAGGAUUUGCAAAGAAAUUGCAGACAAGCUGUAACUUUGAAUGAAUCUACUGGAUUAUUAAGAACAUCAAUUCAUCAGAAUUCUGGAGGACAGAAGUCACAAAACACAGCAUUACCAGCCAAGAAGUUUUAUGGCAACAGUGUGGGAAAGGUUCCAGUUGAUAUUAUUGUGAGUUGUGAUGAUAGUGGACAGAAUAAUUUACAGACUAAUGGGAAAGUCAUUUUACCUAGGGCAAAAGUAGCCAAAAUCACAAACCUGAAAGAGAGGAAAACAAGCCUGUCAGACCUAAAUGAUCCAAUCAUUCUGUCCAGUGAUGAUGAUGAUGAUGACAGUGAUAGGACUAACAGAAGAGAAAGCACCUCUCCUCAACCUGCUGAUUCAGCAUGUUCAUCCCCAGCACCAUCCACGGGAAAAGUAGAAGCAGCACUAAAUGAAAACACCUGUAGAGUAGAGCAUGAACUAAGAAGCAUUCCAGCAGAUUCAGAAUUAAAUACAGUUACCUUGCCAAGAAAAGCAAGAAUGAAAGACCAGUUUGGUAAUUCUAUAAUCAACAUACCUCUAAAACGUCGCAAAGUGAUUUCUCAAGAAACUUUAGUUGAUCCUGUAUCUUUAAGCUGCCAAAGUUCCUUUGAUAGCGUAAUUUUAAACUGUCGAAGUAUACGAGUAGGAACACUCUGCCGACUAUUAACAGAGCCUGUAAUUUUUUGUUUAGAUUUUAUCAAGAUACAGCUAGAAGAACCAGAAAAGGAACCUGUAGGGAUUACUUUAAAUACCUCUGAUCUAACAAAAUGUGAGUGGUGUAAUGUCCGAAAAUUACCAGUAGUGUUUCUUCAGACAACAGCAGCAGUUUAUCAGAAGCUGAGCAUGCAACUGCAGGUGAACAUGGAGGAUAAAGUUCGGAAUGACUGUAAAGGAAUAAGUUUGGAAGAACAAUACAUAAUUCUAAUUUUUCAAAAUGGCCUUGAUCCUCAGACAAAUAUGGUAUUUGAAAAUAUCAUUACUGACAUUGGUAUAAAGAAUAACGUGUCAAAUUUUUUUGCGAAAAUUCCCUUUGAUGAAGCCAAUAGCAGACUUGUUGCCUGUACAAGAACGUGUGAAGAGAGCAGCAAAGGAAGUUGUGUGCAGAAAGAAGACAAAAUUAAAAAUGUGUCCCUUGAAUCUAAAAUACAACUUAAAAACAAACAUGAAUUCCAGUUUUUUGAUGAUGAGGAAACUGGAGAGAGCCACACCAUCUUCAUGGGCCCUGUAGAAAAAUUGAUAGUGUAUCCACCACCUCCAGCUAAGGGAGGCAUCUCCGUUACUAAUGAGGACCUGCAUUGUCUAAGUGAAGGAGAAUUUUUAAAUGAUGUUAUUAUAGACUUUUAUUUGAAAUAUUUGGUGCUUGAAAAAUUGAAGAAAGAAGAAGCUGACCGAAUUCAUGUAUUCAGUUCUUUCUUCUAUAAACGCCUUAAUCAGAGAGAGAGGAGAAAUCUUCAUGAAACAACUAAUCUAUCAAUACAGCAGAAGCGACAUGGAAGAGUAAAAACAUGGACCCGGCAUGUAGAUAUUUUUGAAAAGGAUUUUAUUUUUGUACCCCUUAAUGAAGCUGCACACUGGUUUUUGGCUGUUGUUUGUUUCCCUGGUUUGGAAAAACCAAAGUAUGAACCUAAUCCUCAUUACCAUGAAAAUACAGUCACGCAAAAAUGUUCAACUGUAGAGGACAGUUGUAUUUCUUCACCUUCAGCCAGUGAAAUGGACAGUUAUUCUCAAAACUCUGCUGCCAAGCCUGUAAUUAAGAAGAUGCUAAACAGAAAGCAUUGCGUAGCUGUAAUUGAUUCAAAUAAUGAACAGGAAGAAAGUGACCCUCGUUAUCGGAGAAACCUUAGCAGUGUGAAAUGUAGUCUGAAAAAAAUAAAUCAUACUGCAAGUGAAAAUGAAGAAUCGAAUAAAGGAGAAUCUGCAUGCCAGAAAGUUGUUGAUAGGACUAAAAGUGAGAGUGGCCUACAGAAUGAAUAUUUAAGUUCUAUGCACCAUACAGAUGGCUUAAGCAAAAUCAGACUAAACUACAGUGAUGAAUCAGCUGAAGGUAGUAAAAUGCUUGAAGAUGAACUCAUCGACUUCUCAGAAGAUCAGGAUAACCAGUUUGCCAUUGAGGACUAAACUAAUAUCACCCACCGUGGAAAGUUUCCAUGUGAAAUGGAUCCUCCCGCCGCGACCCAGCGACCGCCCACCACCCCUACCGCACCCCUUUCCGUUGCUCUUUUAAAGCAUUUGUGCGCCGUGCUUAACCUUCGGUCUUACUUAACACUCAGGAGGCAAGUGUUCACAUUUUCGAUUAUGUGGUGUGUGGUGCACGAACACAGCAGAAUUACACUAUUUUUACCACCUGUCUAAUGAUUUUUUUCUUUCAUCUAAUCUGCUGUAUAUGCAUCAUGGCAGGAGCAGAUCAUAUUUAGUUAACAUAGGUCGGUUCUCAUAUUUCCUUAGAGUCUUGUUUGCCCUAAUAAGCUUUAUUAACACCAAGAAUAAAGUAUAUUUUUGAAAAUAUUUUAUAACUUCAGUUAAACAGGCAUUUUCUACUGAGAGAAAAGCUUAUUCCAUUUCCUUUUUCUGCCUCUUCCUUAGUUGUUAAGACAAACUUUGAGUUUAUCUAGUAGUAAAGAUAACUUUGUACUGCACCAUUUUUCCUUUUUGCUCAAUCCUCUUGUGAACAAAAAACAUUUUUGUGAUGUCCCUUGGUCUACAGUGCGUGGCUAUGAAAUACAGUUUUUCUUUCUAAUAUAUACAGACACAUAUCUGGAUUACAUUCAAGGUUUAUAAUGAGCACUUCACAUGCUCCUUUUUGGUCAUAGCAGUUACGUGAACUAGUUAAUCUAACCGUGUAUUACUACUAUUAUCAUUCCUACUGUUGACUGUUUCAUUCAAAAGGUUGCCAGAAGCUUUCCCACAGGACAAAAAAAGCUUUGUUUGUUUUACAUUCAAGGUAAUCAGUAGAAUAAGACACACUAUCAUAAAGCUGUCUUCUCUCAUGUGAAGUGGGUAAAGGGUUUUGUCAAGUAAAACAGUGUUUCCAAAAACCCUUUAAAUGUUUCUGAUAUGAAAAAAAUUUUUGUGUGAAAAGAUGAUAAAUAUAAGUCAUUCAUGUCCUAUUGUGAAAACAGUUGUUUUAGCCAACAAAUUAAAUUUUUGUAAAAAUACCUAAAAUCAGAGCCAUAAUGUUUGACUAGAGAAGAAUCAGUCAUGGUAUACUUCGUCUUUAAAAAUUUAGAUUGAGUAAAUAGAUGUAACAAGUUUUCUUAGACCUCUGAUUGAUGGCUUCUUUCAUUAAGAUGCCUGUGUUGUAGUGUUACAUCAUUGGAAUCGAGUGACGUAACACAUUUUCUAAUGUCUGAUCACCUAAACAGAAAAAUAUUUUUUUUACAUAUUUGCUACAAGGAUUUUUAUCCUCAAUAGUGCUAUUUUGUUACGUUAUUAGUAAUUUAGAUUGUAUAUUUUCAAUACUAACAGUAG